UAUUUCGUGACGUCAAUCUAGGAACAGCGACACCGACACAUUCUUAGUUUAAAAAAUAUUUCUAAAAUGGCGGUCUGUUUUGCAGCAAUUGGCGGCAGUCAGUUUAAAGAAUUAGUAAUAAAUAGCUCUGUUUUUGUAGAUAAAAGUCUGCUGAUAAAGGACUUUAUUGAAGACUCUGGUGAAACGUUGUUAAUAACUUUUCCCGAAAGAUGGGGCAAAAGUAUCAAUUUAGAUAUGAUCGAAACGUUUUUUACUUUAGAAGUUGAUAAAAAUGGAAAACCCUUGCCUUUAAAAGAAAGAUUCAAUUGCAAAUUGUUUUUGGGAGGGGUAAUUAAUUUAGAAUUUAAAGAGCCUAAAAAGUUAGACCUCUUGCAAAUUUCAAAAUUUGAGUCAAUAAUGAAGCUGCCUGGAAACUUUUCUGUUGUAAGAAUUGAUUUUAAGAAUGCUAAAGGCGAAACAAAUAUUGAAGUUUUAUCGAAAUUGCAGUUAUUGGGAAGAGAGUGGAAGUAUUGACUUUUUUAAAAAAACAUUACAAAUUCCAGAUUUAAAAUUGCAAUUAGAGCAGUUAAUAAAUGGUGAGUCUGUUAAAUUUAAUUUAAAUACUCAAAUUACUAAUAACGAUUUUCAAGUAUUGAAAGCAUUAUUAACUUCAGAUUCUGGUUGCUAUUUCUGUAAUACAGUUAGUAUUUUUUUUCUUUCCUUUUUUUUUUUUUAGGUAUUUGACAGGCGAUUUGGUAAAUAGAUUUUUUUUGCCUAACUUUGAAAUUAAAAUUGAGAUGGAAAAAAAGUUAUGUUCCUAUUAUAUAGAUAAGUUUUGUGUUGAUAAAAAUCUAUUUGAAAAUGUUACAGUUCUACUAAAAAGUCUUUUAAUCACUGAUAAGCAAAAUGUUAACAAUCAAGAAGUUGAAAAUUUUAAAGAUUCUUUUAAGGAGCUUUUAAAAGCUUUCCCAAGAUUUAUAUAUUUAAAAAAGGAGGAUGUCAGUGUUUAUAAUGAUAAAAAAGCUCUUUAUGGUAAUGAAGAUCUUAUUCAUUGUGCAAUGGGAUUCAUAUGUCUCCAGAUAAAACAAUUAUCAAGAUUUGGGAAUGAAGUUUACAUUGGCAAGGGUAUUGCUAAUAUAUUUUUAAUAAAUGAGAAAAGAAAUAAAGCAUGUGUAAUAGAACUUAAAUAUAAUGAUACUGCACAAGCUGCCAUUGAGCAAAUAAAGACUAAGGAAUAUGCUAAAAAAAUUUCUAGUGAAAUGAAUACUUUAAUUUUUGGCAUAAAUGUAUCUCAGGAUAAAGAAGUUGAUAUGAUCUGCUUUGAAAUACUCAAAGAAAAUUGACAACUAAUGCAAGCAUUGGGAGAAACUUUUUUUGGAAAAUGCUGUUUAU